AUGAAUUUUACAGCAUUCAAAGGCUGCCGAAAUAUCAAAAAUUCGAGCAGGGCUCUUUUCCCUACCUUUAUAGCAAAUUACAGCUAUUGUAUAGCUAGUAAUCCUUGGUAUUUCAUAUUAAUAUUUACUCUUUUAUCAAUUACAGGUGUUUAUUCGGCGUUAGUUGCGUAUCAACAAUCCCUGUCGGAUUCAUCAUUGACUACUUGGUCUGCUUGGUUUGCGGAAUCUACAAAUGCUAGACCUUCUGUUAUAACGAAGCAACUGUACCUUUUAGGAACAAAUUCAUCAGUAUAUUCUGAGGAUUACCUUUCAAACGCUUAUAGAUGGGAAACCAAUUUUCAUGAAUAUUUGGCGCACAAUAAUUAUCCCUGCAUCAGGGACGAGAAAUCCUGUGUAACAAUUUCUCCAAUACCAAAAUUUUACGAAAAGGUAAAUCCAAUUGCGAAAUAUUCUUACACAAAGUGUCUGCCUGAAGAGCCUCGGUUAUUAAAUAACGAUACAAUUGCUGAAGGGAGAGAUUCUCUGAGUGCUUUUGUGAUUACUUACUUUUUGAAGCCGGAACAUUUAGAUACUUUUAAUUCUGUACUACAAAGUUUUAGUUCAGAUUCACCUCAACUGUAUGCUAGUACAAUUGACCGGAACCCAACGACUGUUGUUGCUCAACUUCCGGAAAUUAUACGUAUCAACCGAUGGUACCUGUGGUUUGGAUUUGGGAUAUUAUUAUAUGGGUAUUUAUAUCUGUCUUUAGUUCGUUUACAGGACGUUCGUGCCAAAUUUGGCUUAACAUCUACAAUCUUUAUUCAGAGUGGAACAGCUUAUCUUUCAGCUUGUUCAAUCCUUUAUUUUUUUGAAAGAACUGGGCCUAUCUGUCCCUGGCCAAUAGCUUAUUACAUAAUCAUCUUUAUGGACAUAGAGAAUUCCUUUCGACUUCUGCGGGUGGUCAUUGCAUCGCCGCCAACCAAGCGUGUCCCGUCACGAAUAAUGGAAGGAUUUACGGUUACCAUUGUAACGUCGCUGACAUCUUUAUUUACCAAGCUAAUGACGCUAUUUAUCUUAAGCUUCUUUGUUUACCCACUUGUUCAAGAAUUUUGUUUGUUUCUAGCUUGCUCCUUUGUUAUAAGCUUUAUGCUGCAUAUGAGCUUUUUCCUCGCUGUACUCAGUGUAGAUAUCCGCCGUCUAGAACUUCAAGAUUUCCUCGAUGCUCCAACUAGUGCAAUUACUACAAAGUGGUGGUUCAAAUACUUAGAUUUUUUUAAAUUCCUGUGGUCUCCUUACAUCAUAAAAAACCUUGGCGUUUUUUCUCUCUACACAUACAUUAUUUAUCUUCAAUUGAGAUCAAGCAUGCAAAUUAAUGGCUUUUGGAGACUUGCUUCUCCCAACAUUCGGUUUCUGAUUACGCUAUACCAUAGAUUGGGUAGAAUCACUCGUGAACGAAAAUUAUUUCCAUUAAUUACCACUGGGUGGCUUGCUGAUUCAUCUUUUCUGAAAAGCUUAGCACAAAAAAUUGAUACGGGUGAACUUAUUUUUGCUCUGUAUAGACCGAUCAUUAUAGAUACUGUUGACCGUGAUGAUUAUACGAGCAUUUACAACUCGUUUUACGACAGACGAGUAUGGAGGUGGUCAACUUUUUUUAGCGUUCUAUUCAUUAUAGAUUUUGCCGUUGGUGCCCUAGUAAAAGGACUACUCCGUGGCUGGUCCGAUCACGAUGAAAACACAAAUGAUGAGUCAUUACAUCAAGAAAAGUUUCUGAUCCAGCCCAUUCCACUUCAUCAUCAACUUGAUAUCCGAAAAAUUGCGAUUUCUAGCAAUCAUAGAAUACUGGCUAGUUACGGUUUGGACAAAUGCCUAGUCGUCUGGGAUUUACAGACAAGCUGCGUAAAAUUGAAGCUAAACAAACAGCAAAUGCCAAAAACCAUCAAAACUUUUGCAAUUGAUCCAGAUGGAAAUGUGAUUGCUUUGUUUUCAAAAGAUAUACUCUAUAUCUUAGAUGUCAACACGCCUUGUUUGUUAUUCCAAUGCUUUUUCCAGUGCCGAACUAAAGGUAAAUUAGACGCUUUUUGGCUUCCUGAAAAGCACUUAAGUGACAAGAUUAAGGUAUACAGCUUGGUAGUGACAGAACCCUCUGGAGAUAUUCAAGUUUUUCGCAUUAAAGUAAAUGGCGGGAUUGCAGAUAUAUUUUUGGAACAUAAAUUUAAUUUGGGUGUCGUCAUUCUCAAAUCUUUGCCCAUACUGUCCCCUAUAGCAAAUCGCUUCAUUUGCUUAACUGCUGAGAACAGGGUGAUAGUUAUCACCAAAAAGGGUUCCGAAUGGGUGUCUUGCGACUUAAACGAGAACAACAAAAUCUCCUCUGAAAAAAUAAAGGAUAUUUAUCCUAUUUCUCCGGCUGACAUACUAUUCAUCGCUGAUGCAAGCAAGGUUGCGAUGGUUAAUCUCAAGGAUAACCGCGUUGUAUAUAAUUUCGCCAUUUCGGAUGUUGCCGAUGGCACUCUGACCGUUGGAGUCAGUAAUAGCAGAUUCGUGAAGGGUCAAUUUCGCAUAUCGUCUAUAUCUUUUUGUUUUGUUCAUCAGACGACGAGAAAUGUUAUUUAUCAUCAUUAUGGGAACGCAGAUAAUGAGUCUUAUAUGGUAUUAAAUGAAUGGGACAUGGGCCCGAACCAGGUAGAUUUGCAUGACCCCGACAAUUCUAUAAUGGAACAUUCGUUUGACAGUCUUGAGGAAAGCACUCAUGAGAUGAACGGUCUUGGCUCAUGGGUGAUGAGUUGCGAUGGAAUGUAUGUCUACGGAAUAAGGAAACAAAGAAACAUGGAAAACCCGCGCGCAUCUCAUUCUGUGAAUUUGUAUGCCAAUGCUUCCCUUCGUAAUCGAAAACAAAAGUUAAAUCAUCGCCAUGAGUGGACAUCUUAUAUACCGCUUCUAGAUUCGUAUUUGCAAGAAGUUAGACAAAAGAAAUCGUUAGGAAGAAACACAGGCUCUCAAUCAUGGGAAGUGUGGAUGUAUUCACAGGCAGAAAAGCGCGAGCGGACAAGGCGAUUAAAAAUGUUCAAUCAACUACAUAUAACUGAUCCAGGUCCAAGUUUGGUAAUAUCUCAAAGAUCAGUUGCUAUCACUCUUGGAAAUUAUAUAACAUUUGUUGGUUAUGACAGCAAGAAUGCUCGCGAGUUUUACUACGACAAUGUUUCCCACGAGAUGAAUAUCAUUUUAGAACAAAAAAGGAAAAAUUUCAUGUGA